GUUGAUGGUUCGGUAUUCGGUAAUUUUGAAAUUUAAAUGUUGGGAACUGUUGUUGAAUGUUUGUGUAUGAAACAAAUAUUUUAUCCAUAACUUUUUAAUUUGUGAAAUUUUACUUUUAUGAAAAUGAUGCCUUCAGUAUAUUCAUUUCUUAAACGAAGUGAUAAUGAUAUUCUUCAAGAGCUUCUUAGAGUAUUAGGAACGGGGCGAGGCUCUGUCAAAGAGAAAUGGAGUAUUGCUGCUGAGUGCCUGGUUGAAACCGGAUGUGAUGCAAUUUGGAAGCUUUCAAAGGAUUUCUGUAAAAAGUUUGAACUCAGAUUUCCUUGUGUUGCAUAUGUAACAAUUACCUCUGUAGUUUUUGAAGAUUUGAGUGCUACACUUGAAGUAGCAAGUGUUCAGCAUGAGUCAAUGUCUUUGCCCGAAGUAGUGCCAGAUGUUCCACUCAUAGAACUAUGGCCAACAAUAGAACAAAGAGAAGACUAUGUAAAUGCGGCUACUACAGCAUCAUUCAUUGAUGUUCUAAGAUUCUUCUACAAUAACAUUUGGAUGCCAUGGGAUGACCAAGAUGGUACAAUAGUAACACCAAAAACUAUAGAAGAUCGAAUGGGAUUGUGGUUUGACCUACAUAGUGGUAUUAUAAAUAGUAGAGUUGCCAGAUCAAUUAAAUUACAAAGAACCAGUGCUAUUAAAGCUCAUGAAGAUUUAUUAGAACUUGAAUCAUUAUUCAGUGAAGAUACUGAUGAAAAUGAUUCAAUGCUACCAGCAGACAAUAUGCUAUUUAGAUGUGCUGAGUUAAAUGCGAAACUGGAGUCAAUUAAAGCACAAUGGAGUAAUUUAUAUGAGAAUGCAACAGUACGAGAGCAAUAUUUAGCACAAGAGAGAAAUAAAUGGCAAAAGGAUAAAAAUAGAAUAAAUUGUAUAGCAAUAUGGCCAGGGGGGCUAAGUGAUGAAUUCUAUGAUAUAUCAAAUAUCCUACAAUCUCACCUGACUAGUAGUCAUACACUAACCAUUACAACUUCUGCUGAGGAUGGAUUAUCCCGAGAUCCAGAUGAAGUAAUCAUUUGUAGCCAAGAAUGUGAAAUACCUGAGAUACAGUUAUCAGAUAUAUCUAUAUGUAGUUGGAAAGGUGCAACUUUAAAAGCGCCAGAGAUGCGGGCCUACCUCUUAAUGCUGGGAGAAAAAUGCAGACUAAAACAUCUGACUCUGGAGUGUGGACAGGUGUCCACUGCAGUAGUGAUGAAAGCCGGGACAUUGGAUGUCACUGACUGUAAUAUUAUCAACAGCCAACGGAUGGAUUUGACGCAAGGCAUUGUCGCAAAAUCUGGGACGAAACUAACUUUAAAUAAUUGUGUGCUUGAGAAUUUCUUCUCUGGAAUUGUUGUACACAGAAAUGCGGAGAUUGAACUGAACAACUGUAUUAUUCGCAAUUGUGGUGUUGGUAUUCAAAUGUACCCGGAGUGUCAAGUCACGUUAAAAGACACAGUAAUAGAGAGCUGCAGGGAACAAUGCAUUCGCGGCGAGAGUUGCCCAAAGGAUAAAAAUAGUAUCAAAGGACUUCAUAUAGGAGAUAACUGUAAAAUAGGUUCUGGAGAUUUGAAGAAGGAAAUUUUAGUAGUUGAAGCACCUGAAAAUUAACGCUGAAAAUUUUGAAUUAAAAAUAAAAAGGCAGGGUACUUUUAUUUUUUUAUAAUUUAUAACCGAAUUUUAAUUUAGAACUUUUAAAGAGUCCAAAACACCGGAGGUGGAUUUUUCAUGAUUUCACUCUAAGCUUUUUUAUUGAGACAGCUAUAGUGUAAUAUAAAAGUAAUAUUUUGCAUGGAGGACUCUUGAAACAUACGACGAACGCCUAAAGUAUGUGAAAUAUUUUUAACGAUGCUCUUAAAUUUAUAGCAUUUUUAAUUUCUUAUUCCAAAAUAUAAAUUAAGCAUUAAAAAUAAUAAAUUUGCCCUAAAUAGAUUUUCUUAUACAGACCGUUCAAAUUGUUACACUACGUAUUUUAUAACAUUUUACGUAAUAACAAUGUAAAAAUGCCUGUUUCAGUACUUUCUUUUCCGAAUACACUUUUUCUUAAUCUUAAAUUUCAGACUAACUGAUAUUUGUAAAGAAUUAAAAAAUUCUUUAAUCCUUGUAACUCUAUUA